AUGACCGCAAAGGAAAUUUUUAUAAUUUUGAUUAUUUUUAUAUUUUAUUCAGUGGUAAAUAUUACCUCCCGAUUUGAAUUUACAAACUUUAAUUGCACAUCUUUUGACAAGCAAAUUGGAGAAUUUGAGUAUUGCUAUCUUAAGUCGAUAAAUCGCAGCUACAAAUAUAUUUCCGGAAAAUAUAAGUUGCAUAAAAUACCGUUUGAUAACAUAAAGGUACAUUUUAUAAUGUGGAAACGUUUAAACGGAUACAAGCCAUUCCUGUACAAUAUAACAACGGAUGCCUGCAAAUUUCUUAGAAAUCCAAAGUCGAACCCAGUUAUGAAAUACCUUUUUGAAUCAUUCAACGAUUUUUCUAAUAUCAACCAUUCAUGUCCCUACAGAAACGAUUUAAUUCUGGAUAAACUUCCCAUUGCGUUUUUGAAUUACCGAGUGACACAAAUUCUUCCCAUCCCCGAGGGAGAUUACCUAUUUGAAUUUCCAAUCCAAUCUGGCCAGGAAGUAAGUUUAACAACUUCUUGGUAA